UCCUUCUGCUGAUCGCCGGUAGUCGCGUAAGCCGCAUUUUCAAUACGUCAUCAGAAUGCGACUCUCAGGAACCCCUCCUUUGCUAAAGUAUUGCUAAUUAUUGUAGGAAGCGCGGUCGUGAGGCGCGUAGGGAGCGAAACGACUUUUGUGGCCGCGGGGGUACGGAGGGGAGCGAGAACGUGGGAAAACACUAUUGCUUUCCUGGUUUUUAUUUCGUUUGGUGCCUGGGCUUUCUGGGUUGAGAACCAUGAAGCCACCAUCAAGGCUACGUUCGGCGCCCGCUCGCUACAGUCUGGGCCCCACAGUCCGGGUUUGGACAGAUCGAGAAAAGCGACGUCUUCUCCAGGCCUUGAGAGCUCAAGCUCAGACUCCGGGCCCGCUGCGGCCGGAACUGCUGAAGAAAUACUUGCCUUCCAGAAAUGAAGACGAGAUCUUAGCAUUUGUGGACCAGCUGAAAGAACGUGUGGCAAGGGAAGCAGUCAAGGCACAGUAUCGAUAUCGCCAACACAAACAGAAGGAUGCCCCAAUUCCAGCACCUAUAGAGGUAUGGAUUCGGUUAGCCGAGAAGUUGACAGGUUGCCUUGAGGAUGCAGUAACAGCUGCUUUUUCCCAGGUUUUAACAAUUGCAUCUGUGGAGCCCCUCUGCUUGCUUCAUUCUGUGCCUCCAAAGCCUAUAGACCUAAAAACUGCUCAAUGCAUGUCCCCAACUGUUCUUAGCAAGAAUAUGAAAUCCAAUACAGAAUCUGAGGAAGCAACUAUAUCAUCAGAUGUAGAGCAAUUGACCCCUGCAGAAAAUGGUGAAUUACAUGUGGACUUUGAAAAGAUAUACAAAUAUCUUUCAGUGAUCUCACGGGGAUCUAAAGCACCAGAGCUACCACCUGGUGAGUCAGCUGUUCUACUAGACCUGCUGUUGUCAUUACCAGAAGAACUGAAUCACCUGGACUACAAGAAACUCAAGAGGCAUAUGCACAAAUGCUAUAUGGAUUUAAGUGCACAUUGUACAGAGGAAGAAAGCAGAAUGAAAGCAGAGAUCAGCCAGCUUGUAAACAAUAAUGAAGAUCUUCAUGAAACAUUUUAUGAUGUACCAUCAGCCAGAAAUAGCUUUUCACAAGAGCAGGAGGAUACUAGUUCUAGAGCUUCUUCUACAAGUGGCACAACAUCAACUUCCAUGGACUGGAAGACCCUGGGUAUCUGCCCAUUGAAUUCAUUUUGGUUUCCCUUGGAUAUUCUAGCACAAAAAAGAGAGAGUUCAGAUUGAGGAUUCUAUGCUAUUACAUGUCAUGAAUGUUUUAUCUUGGUAUCUGUAAGAGUGGAAAAAACUUCCAUCUUUUGGCCAGGCAUGGUGCCUUUCUUUUGUUCUACACUGAACCACUUGACUGAUGAAUAUAAUGUCUACUUUGUGUUUUUAAAUUAAUGAUGUAUGUGACUGUUCAGAAUUUUUCCUCCAAAAAUCCUGAAGUUUACUUGUUGCUAUUGGAAAACCAAUCUCAUCUUAGGAGGUUUGUGCUUACACAAUUAAUGCUCUGAGUAUGCAUCUUUGUUCUCAGGAUAUUGAUUAUUCCAGAUGUAGCUAAGUGUUAUUGAAGUGUUCCUGCAGUAUAAUAGAGCUGAAAUGUAUGUUCAGUGCUAUGAAAAAUAUAAAAUGAAUCUGAGAAGGACUGCAUGCUGCUUCACAUGUAACUGGCCAAGCUCCUUUAAUUCAAGAUCAUUUUGAAUAAUCAGCUUCUGUAAGUUGGUGGUGAGGCAAAACUCCUGUUUCCUAAUUUCUGGUUUCCUAUUUGGUAGAAUUACUUCAUAAAAAUAAUAAAAGAUGCCUCCAAAUUGACUGAGAAUUUCAAAAUCUCAUUUAAUCUGAUGUUUGCAAUAUGGUUCACCUUCAGUAGCUUGAGGACCAUGAUUGGUCCUCUGACCACAGUUGGGGAACUAUUAAUAUAACUAUAGCCCUGUAACACCUUCAUUAAAAUAUGAAUAGAGAUAUAGCAUUAAAAAUAUUUUCUUAAGCAGUUCUGGCAGAAAAUGUCUCCCAGAAUUGUUUGCUGUACAUGUAGAAGAGAGUGCAUUUUUAACAAGUAUCAUAUGCAAUGUUACUUAAGUGGCAUAAGUAAAUUUUGCUUCAAAAGAUGUUCAGAUUCUAAACCAAAUGAAUUUCAAGUUCUAUUAACUAAAGGAACAAAUUCUAUUCUUGGAAUUGCAACACAGUACAUACAGAAAACUCUAGGCCCUAGGAUGUGAUACCCAUUACUGUAUCUGGUUUGCUUUCUUCUAAGCUUGAGAAGCUAUACUGUACAGUACGGUACUGUACAAAUCUUAGAAGAUGAAUGUCAUUUUCUUCUCUGCAAACUUCAAUUUAAAACUCUAAACUUUCUCAAAAUUGGUACAUUAAGAGAACAAAAUGGUCCAGGUGACAGAAUUAUCAAUUAUGCAUUUAAUAAUUGGUAUGUAAAAUCUUGUUUGAUAUAUUAAGGAAAUAAUUGAGUCCUUUAUAUUAAUUUUAUUUUUCAUUCAGUAAUGUCAAAUACUCAUUAUACACAUAGUGUAAAUGCUACUUGAAGUAAAUAUCCUAGCAAAAUUUGUCUAUUCUGUCAAGAUGGCUUCAAGUAAUUUUUAAGACUUGUCAGUGCUAUCUCAGUAAUGGAAUGAUUUGGGUUAAAACUUCAGUGUUCAUUUAGGCAGAUGGACUGUCCGUAUUUGUAGAAAAUGAUGUCUCAUACAGUUCCUUCUGUUCUUCACAAUGCUUCAACAUUUUAUAGAAGUACUGAAUCUGUAGAAGCAGUUGUUCCAAAAGUAAAUUAAUUAAUAAAAUGGUACCAAGGAUUCUCA